AUGGUGCUCUUCCCCUCCGUGCUCUACUACCCAUACACGGGCAAAGUGCACAUCCACCUCAUGGACCUGGACGAGCCCGUGCGGGUGACCCUCCACCUGGCGAGCAGCCACGGCAUCCCCAAUGUCACCCUGGAGGAGCAGGGCAGCGAUAUCCUCCAGCUGAACUGGCCCCGCUUCUCCAAUAUUUCUACCCCUCCUGUGGGGAUCUACGAGAUUGCGCAUCUUCACGUCUCCAUCCAGGGAGGUUCCCUGCAGGUCUCUGAGCAGAAGAAAGUACUGGUGAAAACCCUGGAGCUGGGGACCUUGGUGCAGACAGACAAGGGUGUCUACAAGCCUGGACAAACUGUGAAGUUUCGAAUUGUCCGUGUGGAUCAAAACCUCAUUCCCAGCAACAGGGAGCUUCCCUUGGUGGCCGUGCAGGAUCCCAGUGGGAACUGCGUGGCGGAGUGGCGGGAGGUGAGCCCGCGGCAGGGCAUCGUGGACCUGUCCUUCCCACUGGCUGCAGAGGUGGCCCUGGGCACGUACACCAUCGAGGUGGAGGGGAAGAGACACUCCUUCAGCGUGGAGGAAUAUGGGCUGUCCCACUUUGAAGUGCUGAUCUGGCUGCCCCACAUCGUGACGGUGAAGGACAAGAAGAUCCCGCUGGAUGUCUGUGGGCGGUACCCGUCCGGGAAAACUUUCCGGGGAAGGGCUGAGGCCAGGCUGUGCCAAUUCCACAGAUCUAUUGUUUUCCCAAAGGGAUCUACGAGGAUCUGUGCUGAGUUUAGGGGCCAGACAGGGAGGAACGGCUGCUUCUCCACCGAGGUGCUGGUGGCUUCCUUCAACCUGACCGGCUUCCACUACAGGAGUCAGCUCUAUGCCAACGCAUCGCUGCUGGAGGAGGGGACCGGGAUCUGGCAUACAGCGACCAAGAGCUCUAUGAUUGUGUAUGAUACAGCCACAAUCACCUUUGAAAACACCGAUAAAUUCUACAAGCCUGGGAUUCCCUGCACUGGGACGGUGCUGCUGAAGGGAGCCAACGGCUCUGCCCUGAAGGAGAAGGAGUUCCUGCUUGUCAUUAAGGGGAGAGAAGAAAUGCAAAGGAAAACCCUGCUCACGGAUGGAUCGGGGAGAGCUUCCUUCGAGCUGGACACCUCUGGUUGGAAUUACAAGGUCACCCUGCAUGGUGAGCUCAAGGAUGACCCUCCAGCCUCAGGGCGUGAAGGCAAGGAGUAUCUCAACUACAGAACUGUCAUUCGCUACCUGUAUCCCUACUCUUUGGACAGCAAGAGUUUCCUGAAGAUCCACAGGGUGGAAAAGAAGCUGCCCUGCGGCCAGCCCCAGCAGCUCAGAGUGGAUUACAUGUUUGAUGAGAAGACUGUGGGGAUUGAUCUGCAGAGCCUGGAUGUGGUCUUCCUGGUUCUGGCCAAGGGGACCAUUGCCACCGUCCUCAGGAAAGAGCUGCCUGCAGAGGCUGGGCUGAGAGGGUCCUUCUCCCUGGAGCUGCCUGUUGGCCCCGAGCUGGCGCCCACAGCCAAGGUGCUGGGCUACGUGGUGCUGCCCGACAGUGAGAUGGUGGUUGACAGCACCGAGCUCAAGGUGGCCAAGUGCUUCCCCAACAAGGUGAAUCUGUCCUUCUCGGAGCAGAGGGCUCUGGUGGGCUCGUGGCUCCGCCUGAAGGUGCAGGCUGCCCCGGGGUCACUGUGCGCCGUCUAUGCCAUGGAUCAACGCACACGGUCCUCCGGUCCCAAGGGCAAGCUCAACCCCAGAAUGGAUGCCGGUUUGAAAACUGUCACCAACGCUCAGCUGGGCUGUGCAUCAAGCAUGUACUUCCAAAGCUACCAAAGCCCUUUAUACCCCCAAGGAGCAAGACUGGAGGAUGAGCAGGCGGGUGUCAUGCAGCACACAGGGAUGCAGACGGAUUUCUUGGGGACAUGGCUGUGGGAGCUGGUCCCUGUGGGGGAGGGGGGCUCUGCGGAGGUGACGGUGACGGUGCCUGAUGCCAUCACUGAGUGGGAAGCCGGGAUGUUCUGCACAGCCCCGUUGGGCUUGGGGCUGGCUCCUGCCACCACCCUCACGGCCUUCAAGCCCUUCUUCAUGGAGCUGGCACUGCCCUACGCCCCGGUCCGCCAUGAGGCAUUCACCCUCGUGGCCACCGUCUUCAACUACUUGCGGCAGUGCCUGCAGGUUCAGGUGACACUGGUGGAGUCAGCAGAGCUGGAGGUGUUGGCAAGCGUGGACGGGGCGUAUGGUGGUUGCAUCUGUGCAGAUGAAGAGAGGACCUUCCGAUGGGCUGUGCGAGUCACCAGCCUGGGGAAGGUGAACAUAACUGUCAUCGCCAAGGCCCUGCACUCAGAGAAGCUCUGUGGCACCGAGAUGCCUGUGGUGCCAGCCCAGGGGCACGUGGACACCGAGACAAAACUCCUGACAGUGCAGGUGACCGUCCAGCUGCAGAAAGCAGAUGGGACCCAUAACAUCACUCUGCUGGAGAGGAAGGUCCAGGAGCCUCAUCUGUACCUGAACAUCACCUUCCCUGCUCCAGCCCCCACCACAGGGAAGGAGGAAAUCGUAGACCUGCACAUCUCAAUCCAGGGAGAGUCCCUGGAUGUCUUCAAGAAGAAAAAGGUGAUGCUGAGAGCCCUGGAGCCUGGGAUCUUCAUACAGACAGACAAGGCUGUCUACAAGCCUGGACAGGAAGUGAAGUUUCGAAUUGUCUCUUUGGAUAAAGACUUCACUCCCAGCAGUAAGAAGCUGCCCCUUGUGUUCCUGAAGGAUCCCAGCGGGAACCGCAUCGCACAGUGGCGGGAGGUGAGCCCGCGGCAGGGCAUCGUGGACCUGUCCCUCCCGCUGGCUGCAGAGCCAGCCCUGGGCACGUACACCAUUGAGGUGGAGGGGAAGAGACACUCCUUCAGCGUGGAGGAAUAUGUGCUGCCCAAAUUUGAGAUGACCAUUGAUCUCCCUGCCGUGGUGCUGGAGAAGGACAAGAAGUUCCAGAUGGAGAUUUGUGGACGGUACACCUACGGGAAGCCCGUCCAGGGGAAGGUCCAGGCCAGCUUGUGCCAGCCCUUCAGGAACAUCGGGAUCCUGCACAGACUUGACCAGAAAGAGAUGAACUGCAUCGAGGUUGGCGGGCAGACCAAGAAGAACGGCUGCUUUUCAACAGAGGUUUUGUUGAGUGCCUUCAACCUGACCAGCUCCAUGUAUAAGAAACGAUUCCAAGUCCAGGCAUCGCUGGUGGAGGAUGGGACAGGGCUGGAGCUGAAAAACACCAAGAGCUGCAAGAUUUUACCUGAAAUCCUCACCAUCACCUUUGAAAACACUGAUGAUUUCUACAAGCCUGGCAUCCCCUACACUGGGACGAUGCUGCUGAAGGGAGCCGACGGCGCCGCGCUGCCGCAGAAGCAGCUCUUGCUCAUCGUUAGCCAGCAAGGAAAAGAUACGAGACAGACCUUCCUGACAGACAGAUCGGGGAGAGCUUCCUUUGAGCUGGAGACCUCUGGUUGGAGUGACAUGGUCUCCCUGCGUGGUCAAGUCAACGAGGCAGCUCAAACCCAGAACGACAGCUCACCGCUCAUCUACCAAAAUGCCUAUGCGUAUGUCAGCCCCUUCUUUUCGGCGAGUAAGAGCUUCCUGAGGAUUCGCCGGCUGGAGAGCGAGCUGCCCUGCGGUCAGCCCCAGCAGCUCUGGGUGGAUUACAUCUUCAGCAAGAAGGCCUUGGGGACCGAGCUGGAGAGCCUGGAUGUGGUCUUCCUGGUUCUGGCCAAGGGGACCAUUGCCUCCAUCCUCAGGAAAGAGCUGCCUGCAGAGGCUGGGCUGAGAGGGUCCUUCUCCCUGGAGCUGCCUGUUGGCCCUGAGCUGGCGCCUGCAGCCAAGGUGCUGGGCUACGCGGUGCUGCCUGACAGCGAGAUGGUGGCUGACAGCACCGAGCUCAAGGUGGCCAAGUGCUUCUCCAACAAGGUGAAGAUGGCUUUUUCGGAGGACAGGGCUCUGCCUGGCUCGGUGCUUCGGCUGGAGCUGGAGGCUGCCCCAGGGUCCCUGUGCGCCAUCCGUGCCGUGGACCGCAGCGUGCUGCUCUUGAAGCCUGAGGCUGAGCUCAACACGGAGGCGGUCUACAAAGUACUCCCUGAAUUCGACUACCCUGGAAGCAUUCAGGACCCGCCACCCUGUUCAUCGUUUUCCUGGAACUAUCCCCCGGACUUUGACAUUCCCAUCACCCCAUUUGCACCGAGACGACGAGACUUCUUUCGCCCUCCAAGGAGGCAUCUCUUACCUUUACCAUUUUGGAGGACUUCCCAGAUGAACACCUACAAGUUAUUUCAGAACGCAGCACUGAAACUUUUCACCAAUGCCAAGACCAGUGAUGUCUGCAAGGAGAGGUUCGGCUUCUAUGGGAUGGCGGGUCCCCAAGGUCCCAGAGAUGUCUUUGAUUCCGACAUCCAGUAUUUACCGAGAGAAACGAAUGUCCCAGAACUAAUGACCCAUGCUGUCGCAAAACUAACAAACCAUGUCGGUGCUGUCCAGGAAGAGCGACCAGCACCCCGGACAUAUUUCCCAGAGACGUGGCUGUGGGACCUGGUCCCCGUGGGGGAGUGGGGCUCUGCGGAGGUGACGGUGACGGUGCCCGAUGCCAUCACCGAGUGGGAAGCCGGGAUGUUCUGCACAGCCCCGUUGGGCUUGGGGCUGGCUCCUGCCACCGCCCUCACGGCCUUCAAGCCCUUCUUCGUGGAGCUGGCACUGCCCUACGCCGUGGUCCGCCAUGAGGCAUUCACCCUCGUGGCCACCGUCUUCAACUACUUGCGGCAGUGCCUGCAGGUUCAGGUGACGCUGGCAGAGUCGGCGGAGCUGGAGGUGUCGGUGAGUGUGGACGGGGCGUACAGUGGUUGCAUCUGCGCAGAUGAAGCAAGGACCUUCCGAUGGGCUGUGCGAGCCACCAGCCUGGGGGAGGUGAACAUCACUGUCAGCACUGAGGCCCUCAGCUCCAAGGAGCUCUGCGGCAACGAGAUGCCCGUGGUGCCAGCCCAGGGGCGCGUGGACACCGUGAUAAAGCCCUUGCUGGUGCAGCCCGGGGGGAUCCUGGUGGAGAAGGCGCACAACUCCCUGCUCUGCCAGGAAGGUAGGACCGGCCGGGGGUUCACUGAAGAAAUCUCCCUGGAGGUUCCUGCAAACAUCUUGGAGGGGUCCCAGCGAGCCCACAUCACCGUGAUGGGUGACAUCAUGGGGAAUGCUCUGCAGAACCUGGACCGUCUCUUGGCCAUGCCCUACGGCUGCGGGGAGCAGAACAUGGUCCGCUUCGCCCCCAACAUAUACAUCCAGCAGUACCUGGAGAAGAGCGGGCAGCUGCACCCCGACAUCCGCGCCAAGGCGCAGGGCUUCCUGCAGAGCGGGUACCAGCGAGAGCUGCUCUACAAACACGAUGACGGCUCCUACAGCGCCUUUGGGAAGAGCGAUCCCGGGGGCAAUACCUGGCUGACAGCAUUCGUCCUCAAGUCCUUUGGGCAAGCUAGAGCCUACGUGGCCAUCGAGGAGCGGCACAUCACGGAUGCGCUGCGCUGGCUGCAGGAGAAGCAGCAGAAGACAGGCUGCUUCCGUAGCGUGGGGAAGCUUUUCAACAACGCCCUGCAGGGUGGCGUCUCGGAUGAGCUCUCUCUGUCGGCUUAUGUCACGGCUGCGAUGCUGGAGCUGGGGCUGUCCCCAACGGACCCAAAGGUGAGCUCAGCCCUGAAGUGCCUGGAGGCUUCGGCCACGGACGACCCCUACACGCAGGCGCUGCUCGCCUAUGUCUUUGGGCUGGCGGGGCGCAGGGAGCAGCAGCAAACCCAGCUGCAGAGCCUGGCCCAGCACAGCGUCAGCGCAGACGGGCAGCUCUACUGGCAGAGGAAGGGGAAGGCUCUGCCCCCCUCGCAGCCCUCCUGGGCGGCCGCCGCACCGGCGGAGGUGGAGAUGACCGCCUAUGUCCUCCUGGCCUACCUCUCCCAGCCCCAACUCUCCUCUGCUGACCUGGCGACUGCUUCCCAAAUUGUCCGCUGGCUUAGCAAACAGCAAAACCCCUACGGGGGCUUUGCCUCCACACAGGACACCGUGGUGGCCCUGCAAGCCCUGGCCAAGUAUGCCGCCUUGACAUACGGCAGCAACGGGGACUUCAUGGUGACAGUGACGUCCCCGACAGGCACCACGCAGGACUUUGUGCUGCACAACAGCAACCGGCUGGUGCUGCAGCGGGCGGCUCUGCACGAGCUGCCGGGCACGUACAGGGUGCGAGCCCACGGGCAGGGCUGUGCCCUGGUGCAGGUGACCCUGCGCUAUAACGUGCCACCCCCUCCGAGCAUGGGGACGUUCGACCUCCGCGUGGAGACGGAGCCUGGGGAGUGCACAGGGGAUGCCAGCGUCCGCUUCCGCCUCCUCCUCCGGGCACGGUACACUGGGGAGCGUCCUGCCACCAACAUGGUCGUCAUCGAGGCCAAGCUGCCAUCUGGCUACAUCCCAGACAAGAGCUCCGUGGUGGAGCUGAAGAGGCAGAAGCUGGUGAAGAAGGUGGAGGUGCAGCCCGACCAGGUGACGAUUUACCUGGACCAGCUGACGAAGGAGGAGGAGAGCUUCGCCUUCACCGCCACACAGGACUUCCCGGUGAGGAACCUCCAGCCGGCCACUGUGACGCUCUACGAUUACUAUGAGACGGGUGACCGCACAGAUGCUGCCUACAGCGCACCUUGCAGCGCAGGUACGGCUGAGCCCGACAGGGCUGAGGGGUCACCCCACCAUCGCAUUGGCACCCUGACGGGGACCCGCCGACCCUGA